CAGUGUCACUCGUAGCGCCGCACGACGAGGGCGCUGUCGCUGGCAACUUGCACCUUCAACCAGAACCACCAUGUCCAAACUCCUCCAGAAGAUCGCGGACAAGACCGUCGAAGGUUUAGAGCAUGCGAAACUGUCCGUUGAAGGCAUCGUCAAUCCGAACCGCCGUCACGAUGACCCCGAGGAGAAGAUGCAUGACGAGAUUAGAGCGCAGAUCAUGGCGGCCCACCGUUUCCAGAGCUUUGCGAACGAGCGAUCGGAGAACUUUGUGAAGUGGCACAUUGACGGACAUGAUUACAUGUACGCUGUCUCAGAAAUGCUGGACAGCGCGAAAGAGUGCAUCUUCAUACUGGACUGGUGGCUUACUCCUGAGCUCUUCCUUCGUCGUCCUCCUUCCUAUCACCCGGAAUGGCGACUGGACAGACUCCUGAAGCGAAAGGCCGAAGAAGGUGUCAAAAUCUAUGUUGUCGUCUACAAGGAGGUGACUCAGACUAUGUCCAUGAGUUCUCACCACACCAAGGUGGUCCUUGAGGCCCUUCAUCCGAACAUUGCGUGCAUGAGGCACCCCGAUCACAUCGGGUCGAAAGACGACGUGGAGUUUUGGUCUCACCAUGAGAAGGUCGUGGUAGUUGACAAUCACAGAGCCUGCAUCGGUGGCCUCGAUCUUUGCUUCGGGCGCUGGGAUACCAGCACCCAUCCCCUUGCCGAUGUUCAUCCUACUGACUUUUCGCUGACCCUCUUCCCGGGGCAAGACUAUAAUAAUGCACGCAUCCUGGACUUCCAAAAGGUAGACCAGUUCGCGAGUAGCACUGUCUCCAUCCUGGAAGACGCAAGGAUGCCCUGGCACGACGUCCACAUGACGCUGGAAGGCCCCUGCGUGUUGGAUAUUGUGCAGCACUUCACUGAGCGCUGGAACGAAGUAAAGAAGCGGAAGUACAGGACCAACGAGCGGUACGACUGGUUGGCGCUCCCGCACAAUAUUGUGGUAUCCCCCAAUGAACCUGUCGCUCGCCACCCGCACCGGGAGAAAUGGCAUGCCAUGGGACACCGCUUCAAGCAGCGGUUCCACGUGGAGGAAGGCGAACAGUUCGAAGAGGAUUAUACUAAACCCCCUCAUGGCACGAUGCGUGUGCAAGUCUGUCGGAGUGUCUCUGAUUGGAGUCACGGGGUGUUGACGGAACACAGUAUCCAGAAUGCCUACUGUCAGCUCAUUCGCGAGGCCAAUCAUUUCAUCUACAUUGAGAACCAAUUUUUCAUAUCGAAUACUACUACCGAAGGCCCGGUGAAGAACCAGAUUGCUGCUGCGCUCGUAGAGAGGAUCAUCCAAGCAGCAAAGGAUGGCACUAAAUUCAAGGUCAUUGUUCUCAUCCCCGAAGUCCCUGCUUUCGCCGGAGACGUGAAGAGCGAGUCGUCACUGCAGUAUAUCAUGGCAGGGCAAUACCGCACUAUCAACCGCGGUGGCCACAGUAUCUACGAAGAGAUCCGGAAGGCCGGAUAUGAGCCUAUGGAUUACAUUCGCUUCUAUCAUCUGAGGGCAUAUGACCGGAUGAACGCUCCUUUGACGACCUUUAUUGCGGAAAUGGAAAAGAAUAGCGGUGUGAAAUUCCACGAAGCUCAGGUUGCUUACGCACGCCAGAUCGUCGGCGACAUGUCCGACGAUGUCAACGUCCCUGACGCCCAGAAGACUGUCACUAUUAGGAUUCCCCAAGCCUCUUCCGAGGGCAUGGUUAUUAGCGAGAAAACUGAAGUCAAGACGGAGACGAUUCCUCUCCCGAAGUCUGAAGAGGAAGCGUUGGAGAUUAUCAAGAGGUUCCAGAAGGGAGCGGAGCCGAUACGUGGGGAUGAGGAUGUGUCGGACAAUGUAGUACAGCACAUGCUGAACGAUUCGACAUCUUUAAUGGACGAGAAGUGGCUCGGAACGGAAGAAGAGGAACUGGCCUGCUACGUUUCCGAGCUCAUCUACAUCCACACGAAGUUGAUGAUUGUUGACGACAGGAGGGUUAUCAUGGGCUCCGCCAACAUCAAUGACCGCAGCCAGAAGGGCGAUGGCGAUUCUGAAAUCGCCCUUGUUGUGGAGGAUGACGACAUGAUAAAGACGACUAUGGAUGGCAAACCGUACAUGGCUUCGCGCUUCGCCGCAACUCUGCGUCGGAAACUGUUCAGAACGCACCUGGGCCUCAUUCGACCGCAAUUGUGCGAAGACCGGGAGGAAGAAGUGACCUCUUUCAUGCAUCCGGCUCCUAUUCCAAAUGAGGAUGAGCUGGAGUCUGAAGAAGACCAGAAGGUCGCUGAUCCACUGGCAGACGAUGUUUUGAACCUCUGGAAUGAUACUGCCAGGAGGAAUCGGGAGGUCUUCACUGAAUUAUUCCGACCGGUUCCAACGAAUCUCGUACGAGACUGGAAGGCCUACGAGAACUAUGUACCACGUGUGAAGACCGGUCAUGUCGUUCCCGAUAUCCCCCUUACACGUGUCAAGGAACGUCUCUCUGAGGUGAAAGGAGGCUUGGUCGAAGCGCCCAUUGACUUCUUGAUAGACGAAAAGAGUUUUGUCGAAGGCCCUGAGUGGAGAGGCCUGAACCCAACCUUGCCCAUCUACAUAUGAGCAGCAAAGCCGAAGUGAUGAUAUUAUGACGGGGACGACGCCUAAUAACAGUAGGUUCUAUACGACGGUGGAAGGGCACCCAGCCCUUAUGUAGAUUAGCCCAGAACAGGAAGCUGAGGACGAAGACUCUGAACAAGGUGAAGGAAUGGCGCGGGAAGUGAUGGAAGGCAGGAAGUCUAAUUCUACAAUGAUGAAUGUCUAAGAAAUACAUAAGUAUGCAAGUCUAAGUCUAUGGUCAUGAACGGGAAUUGGUGCACAUGCAAGUUCGGUCAAAGACAUGGGAGAUCAUGAACGUAGCAUCUAUAGACUGAAAACACCACCAGCGCGACGGCGUGAGGGAACAGGAUGAACAACGAAGAUAGAUAUACCAAGACCAACAGUCAGGCCAAUGGAGACCGAGACUAGCUGAAGGGCAGUUUGGAAGCCGGAGAGGUAGGACGUGGAUGAGGAUGAGCCGGACGUUUGUUGCGAGGCAAAAGUGAGCAGACCGCCAUUGCCUAGACCGGAGGGAAGUUGGAAGAGAAUACCCGUUAUCAUGACUAUGAAGGCAUUCCCCUUGAAGAACCGCCCAUAUAUAUUUGAUAUGAAGCCCACUGCGAAGGCACCCACAGCUGCGCUGAUGUCACUCUGAUUCGGGAACUUCGUGCCGGUGAAGUGAUUGGUAACCCAUCCACAGCAGGAUAUGGCCACGAGCAGAUACAGUUCCCUUCUGUUCCAUGGUGCGUGGUUUCUUAAACUGAGGAAUAAGGAAUACAUGGGAACAGUAAGGAAUGCCCAAUAGGUACUUGGCGUCCGCUGCCACCAUCCUCCAUCAGGGUGAUGGCUGACCGCACACGAAUAGUCUUCUGGACCCAGUACACGCUGGUGCGUGAUGGCCUGAUAAAUUUCUGCUCCGAUCGCCAGACCAAAGCCUAAGAACAGGGAAUACAUGAUGGCGAAGCAAAGGCGGACAGCUCCGGAGACGAUAUUACGAGAGGACAGUUCGAGAGAUCCAUUGAGCACGAUGAAACCAGGCAGAAUCAGUACUAUAGAAGCUGAAGCAACAGCCGAAUAGCAGAAGACACCUGUCGAAGCUAAAGCAGCUGACAGGAAGCUGAUAAGAGUAGCAAUGGUGAUCUCAAAGAUAUUGCUGUAAAGCUCAUUUUUGACACUAAGUAAUUGGAUGGCGACAAGCAAUGCGCCGAGGGGCCAGCUGAUCACACUAUCAAUGAAGCUGCCAGAGAAUGAGACGCUGCAGAUCGCGGACGAGCAGAAGCCUCCGAUAAGAAUGAGCUGCCACCAGCUGUACAUGGGCUUGCGACGCAUGAGCGUGUCAAGCUCUACGGAGGCAUCUUUCACGGAGAUGGAGUCGUGGAUGACCUUCCAAUAUAAGCGGUAUGCUUCACCCAAUUUGUCUAGGUCCAGUGCGCUGCCUUGCCGAAUUAACUUGACAUUGCUCGUGCUCGUACCGGUAUCGUCAAAGCUGAUGAGCAUGACGUCUGGCAGAUACAUGCAGCUAAGGUUGAUAUCGAGAACUUUGCCGGUUGCCUGCACCUGAGCCUGCAAUCGAUGGGUCGGCCCUCCAAACAUCAUCAUCGCACGGGCAAACUUGAGGAUGAACUCCUGACGCUGGAUGAUCUCCGCGACAUGCCGUGUGAUAUAGACUUCCGCCUUCUUCCGUUUCUUGCGUUUCUCCCUCUUCCGGUCGUCGCCGGUGAUGCCCAUAUACGCCAAAGUCUUCUCGUCUAACCACUCACUGCCGCUCUCACUUCCCAUGGUCCCAAUGGUCCCCGGCGUAGGCGGUUGGCUAGUGAAGCCGAGCGGACCCCAUUUAGGCAGGUCCUUGAGGACGCCAGAGAACCUGCUGCCAUUCCUCC